GACAGCUCAUGCAUGAUUUUAAUGGAGUGAGACCGGGGAAGAUUUCUGUUCGGAAAACAUUCGAUCAGUUUUAAUCUUGCUGCCAGAUAAUCAUUCAAAAUGGGAGCUAAGAAGAAGAUUUUGAGCAAACUGGAAGUGACACUUAUUGUACUACUCGUGUUAACUAUAUGUGUAGCAGGUGGACUUGUAGCGGUAAUAUUUAUAGUGAAAAAUAACGACAAUUUCAAUAACGCUGCACCAACAACAACUACUACAACACCAACAACACCAACAACAACUACUACAGCAACCACAACCUCAACAGCAACUACCACAACUACAGCAACUACCACCACAACAGCAACAACCACCACAACCCCAGACCCUCACCCUGAUGCCUACCGUAUUGGUGUUGGGAGGGCGGAUUGCACUGGUCUGUUGGCAGACGUUCCUUUGAUGGGUUACGCAAGUAGUGACCAGAUUGCGGGAGGAAUUCACACCCGUCUCUACAGUCGAGCCUUUAUAAUCGCAGAACCUGAUGACUCGAAACGAGUGGUGUUUGUGAGUGCUGACAUUGGAAUGGUGUCACAGAGAGUGAGAUUAGAGGUGAUAAAUGAAUUGAAAACCAGAUAUGGUAAUGCCUACAGACAAGACAACGUUAUUCUCAGUGGGACGCACACACACUCUGGUCCUGGUGGCUAUUUCCAGUACACUAUCUUCAUGCUGACAAGCAAAGGAUUUAGCAGACAUGCUACUGAUGCCAUAGUCAAUGGAAUAGUGAAGAGCAUUGAGAUAGCACAUAACAACAUGAAACGGGGAAAAAUCUUUUUGAACAAAGGCAUAGUAGAAAACAGUCAUAUAAACAGAAGCCCAUCUUCUUAUCUCCACAAUCCAGAGAGUGAACGAGAAAGGUACCCAAACAACACAGACAAAUAUAUGACCAUAAUGAAGAUGGUAGAUAUGAACAACCAGGAUAUUGGGUUGAUCAGCUGGUUUGCCGUACACCCAGUUAGCAUGGACAAUAAAAACCACCUUAUAAGCAGUGACAACAUGGGCUACGCAUCGUAUCUUUUCGAACAAGAAAUGAAUAAAGGGUUCUUGCCUGGAGAGGGAUCGUUUGUAGCUGCAUUUGCAUCAUCAAACCUUGGAGAUGUUACACCAAAUACCAGAGGUCCUCAUUGUAUAAAUACAGGCGAUUCAUGUGAAAACCCUACAAGCACCUGUCCAGUCGGAGGGGUAACGACCUGCAUAGCCACUGGACCUGGAAAAGACAUAUUUGAAAGUACACAUAUCAUUGGAGAACAAAUUUUCUUUAAGGCCAAGGAUUUGUAUGAAUCAGCUUCCACUGAAAUACAAGGAUCGUUGAAUUCAGCUCACCAAUGGGUUAACAUGAGUGAUGUUACAGUGGAGAUUAAUGAAACCCAUACCGUACAAACUUGUAAGCCAGCGCUAGGGUACAGUUUUGCUGCCGGAACAAUUGAUGGUGUUGGAUUAAUCAAUUUUACACAUGGAAUGGUAGAGGGUGAUCCGUUUUGGGAUGGGAUUCGUGAUGCAAUCCUUGGAGAACCAUCAAAUGAAACUGUAGAAUGUCACAAGCCUAAACCCAUCUUGAUAAAUACUGGAGAGAUGUCCCGUCCACUACCGUGGCAUCCUACAAUAAUCGAUGUUCAAAUGUUCACCAUUGGACAAUUAGCUGUGCUCGCUGUGCCUGGAGAGUUUACAACUAUGUCUGGAAGAAGACUGAGAGAAGCCGUCAAGAAUGAAUUGGACCCAGAUAACACCCGAAACACAGAUGUGGUAAUCUCAGGGCUGAGUAAUGUUUAUACACAUUACAUUACUACCUAUGAAGAAUAUCAGGUUCAAAGAUACGAAGCUGCAUCGACAAUUUUUGGUCCGCACACACUGUCUGCAUAUAUUCAGAAGUUCAAAGGCCUGGCCAAAGCAAUUGCUGAGAACACUGUGGGUGAGUUACCUGUAGGACCAUCUCCACCCUUUUUUAAUGAAUCUCAGUUAUUUAACCUUUUGCCUGCAGUCCUGCAGGAUAAAGCUCCUGGAAACACUUCUUUUGGAGAUGUCCUGGUGGAGGUUAAUCCAACUUACCGACCGGGAGAAAUUGCCUCGGUAACAUUUGUCACUGGAAAUCCAAGGAAUUCUGUUAAUUUUAUGGCUAACCAAUCCUAUUUGGCAGUGGAAAAAUAUGAACCUCUAACUGGAAAAUGGAAUGUGGUACAUAAUGAUGGCUCCUGGGAGACGAGAUAUUACUGGCAUAAAGGAACUGGAAACCAGAGCAAUGGGACAGUUGAAUGGCAUAUACCUCAAUCAGUUCAACCUGGAACCUACAGAAUUCGGCACAAUAGCCACUACAAAGAGAGAUUACUCCCUGAAACUAUUAAAGCUUAUGAGGGUAUUUCUUCUGACUUUGAAGUAAUAAAUCCAUACCUCAGAUGAAAACCAAACAGACACAUGUACAUAUUUGUAGAGCAGUUUUUUUGUGAAUUAUUCAGGUGAACAUCAGUCGCUUAAAAAGCCUUUUUACUUUGUAAAUUUC